AUGGCCGUCUUUUCCAACAUCGGCGCCGUCGUCACGACGGUUAUCAUGAUGAUGGUCGCAAAUGCUCCCUCGACCGCGAUGGCGAUGGCGAUGUCGGGCAGUUCGACGGCUCCAAGCGGUAGCUACACCCUCUGCCAGUUCUGGUCGAGCGUCCCGGGCCUCUCCUCGACGCAGGAGACUUCGAUGACGCUGCCUCUCUGUCCGUCCAGCCUGCUGACCUUCUCGUACACGAUCCCUCCCACCGCGACCGCGACCCCGACCACGACGCAGACAACCAUGGCUACGACCACUCUCAGUCCCUCCGUGCCUUCUUCCACAGGCGCCGACUCCGGCUCAUACACCCUGUGCCAAUUCUACUCCAGCAUCCCCGGCCUUUCUUCAUCCACUGCGGUCUCGAGCAUGACCUUGCCGUCGUGUCCUGCGAGCCUGCAGGACAUCACCUACUCCUACCAGGCGCCUUUGGGCACUAGCCUCGCCGCUACUGCUACUACUACUUCUUCGACCGCGGCGUCUUCUGCUGCGGCAGCUGCAUCGAGCUUCACCGGCGCGGCCGCCCCUAGACAUGGUUUGGAUCGAAUGGUCCUUGGUGGUAUGGGUGGGAUCCUGGCGGGAGCUGUGGGCAUGAUGUUGUGA